AUGCAAACCCAUUCCAAACGAUUGAACAAACGGAACCCCCUCUUUUUCACCCCCCACGUGCAGACAAACUACGACAACAGAAUAGAACUAUGCAAGUUUUACAUGAAAGAGUCGGUGAAGCUGUCACUGAUUAUAAGUGACAUUCGAGCGAACGCCAAGGAAGCGAUUCGGCAGGAAAGUACCCCCCGUGGAAAUCUAAAAAUUAAACUAGAGCAGCUCUUCUCAAAUAGCAAUAACAAAGAUAACUACUUCAAUUUUUUCAGCGGCCUGUAUAUAUUUUACACGCUCUACAUUAGCUAUUACCUCUACAUCAAUUUGGAAGAAAAUGUCGAUUUCAGUGAUGAGCAGUUACUUUUUUAUUACUACUUGAAGCUCUUCAUGAUAAGAAUAAACGAACUGAAGGUGUACAUUCAUCAGGAGGAUAUUAUAUACCCGGAAAUCCUCACAGAAAUAAAAAUCCACAAAGACUUUAACGAAGCAGUGCACGAGUUCAUACGUAGUAGGAACCCCUCCUAUGAGAAAUUCUGCGCGCCCACAACGGAAAGGGGGAAGGACUCAACAUUUCAGAGAGCAAGAUGGGGGUUCAAUAUUUGGAAGUAUGUAUUUAGUAGGAAGGGUGUGCAGGACUGCGGGGAAGCGGAGGAAUAUGCAAAAUUGCUGCCCGAAAAGGCGCAUGAGAAUAAUUCCAAAGGGGAUAAUGGCAAUCGUGGUGGUCUGCCCCCCGGGAGGAAUCCCCCCCAGGAGGAAGGAAAACUAGGGAACUUCUCUAAGGCAAAAAAAGGGGACACCAUUUAUGAUGGCUCGAAAGAUGGAGACAGUUCUAAGGACAUCCCGCCCAAUUACAUCGACAUAAAUAUCUUGAGCCUGUUUUACCAUGAAAAUUACGAAAAAUCAAUCACGCACGUUAACUAUAGGGACUUCUUUAUGCUCAUAAACGGUGACGACUUCCUGCGACUGAUAGACGAGUUGACGCAUUUUUUAAACAAACUGGGGGAACUUUUCAAAGCGAACACACAGAGGGAAAACGUGCACUUGAGAAAUAUCCCCAAGUGUAUUAAUAACUAUAUAAAAAGACACAUUGCGGGGACGAUGGAUUUGUUCAAGUACGAGCUGAUUUUUAAGUACUACGGGAAACAGCAGUAUUUGCAAGUCAACGGGGCGAAAAUAGACUGCAUGUUCAUCCCCUGUAAGAGGUUUCUAAGUGAUAAAAUACAGUCGUAUAUCGAUUUGAGGAAGGCGGAAAGGGAGCGCCCAACGAAGACACCCACCAAUGGGCACGUCUUCCUAAACGCCUUCAACAACGACUUUUACAAUUACCUUUAUCAAGACGAUUAUUUGUACGGCAUCCCCGUCGUGCUCUACUUCAACCCCAAUGCUGCCUACUACGAACUGAAUGCUUGCUAUUCCGGGUCACUCAAAUUUUACCUAGAAAAUAAUGUAAACGUUUUCGUGUAUAACUAUCGAGGGUACAGCAAAUCUAGUGGUUACCCAAAUUUGAAUAGAAACAAUCUGGACGCUUUAAAAAUUGCGGAGUAUCUUUUAUCCAGGAAGGUCAAACAUUUAGGGCUACAUGGGACGUCCAUUGGAGGCCCCCUCUGUUCCUACGUGUCCUACCAUCUCUGCAACUUUAACCAAAAAAGUAAUAACAUGGAGUGUUUAGACAAGUUGUACAAAAAUGAAAUUCGCAUCAAGAUCACCUGCAAGCAGAUAAACAAAACGGUCAAGUUGAUGAGCAGGAGGAAGGACAAAAUUUUGAACAUCCUCCUCAUCCCCAUUAAGUAUGUCGUCCUGCUGCUCCAGUUCAUCGUGCUGUGCAAGUUGAAAAUGUCCAACGUGCGCCUUCGGAGGAGGAUCAACCUGAGGAGAAGCGGCGCGAGCGGCGCGAGCAGCAAUAGCGGGGGAAGCGGCAAUUGCAACCGUGGCAACCGUGGGGACGGGGGGGACGCCCGCCCGAGCAUAUCCUUCGUGUGCAUCGACAAGUCCUUCUACAACUUCGAGGAAGUGGCCAGGUACAUGGUGGGCGAGUACGCCUACAACGUCCUGCAGUUCACCUCCUACAAACUGGACAUCACCAAAUAUUACCUCAAUUCGAACGUCCCCAAAAUUUUGAUUUACGACAACAACGAUGAGAUAAUUCACUACAUGUCGAGUGUCGUCACGGGGGUGUCAAAGGAAAUUUCAAAGCUGUACAAAAGUGGGGUAGGCAAGGCGGGGGGCAACACGGAAAGCACCGCGGAUGGCAGCGUGGAUGGCAGUGCGGAAAGUAGCCAAAUUUUGCUACCCCUGCUGGGGGGAGGUUCUAAUGAAGGCGCGUGCACACCGCAGACAGGGAUGUAUUCCGACUUGUACUCGAAGAAAAGGGCCCUCCCCGAGCUGCCUCUCCCUCAGAGGAAGCAGCCCCUGAAUGGAAGUAUUCUCGGCAGCCUGAGUGGGAAACCCCGCUUUACCGCCCAACUAAUCAUAGACGAAAGUGUGGACAAGUGCUGGUUCGAAAAUAAAGUGAAAAAAAUUGACAUUGUCCUUUUUCUGCAGAGCUGGAAGGUGCUAAACGAUUGCAUUUUGUUUCUAAAUAAAUCCUCCACAACGAACAACGCCUUCAUUUCGAUAGGACUAGAGACGUAUAAAUCUAUCAUGUCUUUGUACAAUUCGAAGGAGAACAACCUGGAAAAGCAAACGCACAAUGCUAUUUAUUGCAUCUAUAAUGAUAAUAUGAGCUUUAUGGAUACCUUUAAGAAGGUAAACCCUAAUUACGACGAUUUCGGGAUGGCAAAAAUUGCGGGUAAAGAUAGCCUUGUGAAGAAGCCAAAUGUGUGUGAUGCGCUCCGAGAAAAUGAGGACUUCAAAUUGGAAAUGGAAAAGCUGAACAAGAUGUUGAAAGAUCUGUACAUGUCAAAGAGGAAGGAAGUGGAAAAGGUGCACUUCACGUAUAGCGGAUUUUUCCUCAAAAAUGAUUACCUAUAUAAUUAUAUUAAUACGAAGAAUAAGAACAAGGAGGAACCUGCCUUUAACAUAGAAGAGGUGGAAAUCGUUAGCUUCUUAAACCAGUUUAGUGAUUCUUUAACCGAAAUUUCGAACGCGAUCAAUUACAAUUUGAAUUCUUGUGGGCAGUUAUUAGCAGAAUUGGAUGAAGUUGCGGAAAAUGAAAAAGUAAAUUUUUUCAAAUCUUUCAUUUUUAGAAUGAAGGUGUACGGUUCCUACCCCUCUCAGUGUUUUACCUCCUCAGAUGAGGAGCAAUACUGUAAUUCCAUUCAUCAGCUCCCGUUUAUUUUAUCCGAGUGUUGCGACCAGGGGGGGUUGGAUCUUCACGGGAAGGGUAGAAACAACCCCUACGAUUUGAACCAUACCCGAGAUGACGAACCGCUCUUCGAUGGGGAGUACCCCAACAGCGACUCGGAGGAUGCAUAUUUCAUGCAGAGCGAUUCUGAAAAGAGGACCACCAAAGUUACAGGGGAGCAAAACAAAGACACUCCUCACUUCAGUCACACUUUUGCAGGGGACUACAACUGUGGUAUGUUUCCCCCCUACGUGGUGGUAAAAAGGUCCAUGUUUUUGCACGACUUGGUUGUAUGCUUGGAUUGGUUUAAGAGGGGUGCUUCGGUUGGUUCAUCCUCGAGCGUUUUUUACCAGCUGGAUGAGGACACCUACUUAGUGAACCCCACACAACUGCUGCACUCCCUGAAGGCGAAAAAGCAGAAGGAGCAGAGCAGCCAGAAAAAUAACGCGACGCGCCCAAACAGUGGCAACUUUCUGGACAUAUUUUCCAGCGACAUCGGGGUAGACAUAAGCAGUGAGGAUUUUUCGAAGGAGCUGGAAAAGUACGUAAGCUGGAUGCGCCUGAACAACCGAAUGAGCUUAUGCAAAAUAUUGCUUUCCCUAAAAAGCGAAUUGCGAAAAAUGAAAAGCUACACUGAGAGCUUAGUGUAUGAAUAUAGCACCAUUAACCAAGGCACCAACAUUCACUUUAUCAUUUUCCUAAUCUACCGCAUACUCAUUUUUAAGAAGCUACUAACCCAUACUUAUAUAAUUUACACAUUUUGGGAACGGUUGAGCACUUCCUUGGAUGUGAAAUUGAAUGAUGGUGAGGAGGCUGGACGAACUGUGGACCUUCUAACUUUGGAGCCCAUAUCUCACUUUGACGUUUUCUACAGGGGCGCCUAUAAGGUGUACUCCCCCAAAAUUUUGGGAUGCCCCCUGAUGGUGAACUGCGGACAUAACGGCACGCUAACCAAGGAGGACCUCGGCUUUUUCAGCACCUGUUUGAAUUACUACCUCAAGGAGUACACAUGA